AUGAAGUAUUUUAUCCUACUUGCGUUAUUCGGAGUGGCGGUCUCUGCCCCUGUGGAGGAUGACAAGAUUGUGGGUGGGUACGAGUGUGCGAAGAACUCCGUCCCCUACCUGGUGUCUCUGAACAUAGGCUAUCAUUUCUGUGGGGGCUCCCUGAUCACCAACCAAUGGGUUGUCUCAGCUGCUCACUGCUACCAGUCGCGUUUGCAGGUGCGUCUGGGUGAGCACAACAUUGCUGUGAAUGAGGGCACCGAGCAGUUCAUAAGCUCUGCCAAGGUCAUCCGCCACCCCAACUACAACUCCCGCAACAUGGACAAUGACAUCAUGCUGAUCAAGCUCGCCAGCCCUGCCACUCUCAACAGCUACGUGAACACUGUGCGUUUGCCCAGCCGCUGCGCCAGCGCCGGGACCACCUGCCUCAUCUCCGGCUGGGGGAACACGCUGAGCAGCGGAACUAACUACCCUGACACUGUGCGCUGUCUGAAAGCUCCCAUCCUGAGCAGCACCCAGUGCAGCAACUCCUACCCUGGACAGAUCACCAACAACAUGUUCUGCGCUGGGUUCCUGGAGGGAGGCAAGGACUCCUGCCAGGGUGACUCUGGCGGCCCCGUGGUCUGCAAUGGGGAGCUCCAGGGUGUGGUGUCCUGGGGUUAUGGCUGUGCCCAGCGCAACCAGCCUGGAGUGUACACCAAAGUCUGCAACUACAACUCCUGGAUCCAGAGCACCAUCUCCUCCAACUGAAAGAUUGAUCCCCGGGCCUUCUUGCAGUCUCUAACUCAAAUUGCCAUCUUCUGGAAUCACUGUCCAUGCUAAUGUUGUUAUGUUAACAUGUAGACAAAA